GCGGCUCUGACAACCAUCUGAUCCUGCUGGACCUGCGCACUAAGGGAACCGAUGGAGGACGAGCAGAGAAGGUUCUGGAGGCCUGUGCCAUCGCCUGUAAUAAGAACACCUGUCCAGGGGAUAAGAGUGCUCUGCGCCCGAGUGGUUUGAGGUUCGGCUCUCCAGCUCUGACCUCCAGAGGCUUGAUGCAGGAAGACUUCGAGAAGGUGGCCGACUUCAUUCACAGAGGUAAUCUCCUUUUCUUUUGCUUUUCUAUUACUAUCCGGAGACCCACUUUGUGACAAUGCCGGGUAUCACAAGCACUAGUCAGGGCAACAAAAUGGUAGAACU